AUGACAUCACAAGUGCGCAUUGUCUUGAUUGGCGACCGUCAUGUGGGCAAGACGUCACUCAUCACCUCGCUCAUGAAGGAAAAGUUUGAGGAGGAGGUUGUGCCUGUUCUUUCAGAGCUCACCAUUCCCGCAAGUGCCAUGCCCGAACCCGUCACGACCCACAUUGUGGACACGUCCUUGCGCAUCCAAGAUGAAGAGGCCAUCAUGGCCCAAAUCCGAGAGGCGGACGUGAUUGGACUCGUCUACUCGCUUGCCUCGCCCGAGACCAUGGAACGGCUUCAAUCGUACUGGAUGCCACUUGUGCGCCGCUCCGUGCAGAAUGACACCAAGCCCGUCAUUGUCAUUGGCAACAAGAGUGAUCUCUCCAAGACCGGUCCUGCCAGCCAAAGCGAGCGCCUGCGCAAGUACAUUGAACCUCUGAUGACCACAUACAUCGAGGUGGAAACCAGUAUCGAGUGCUCCGCGAAGGCUCUGACUGGAAUCAGCGAAGCGUUUCGCUACGCGCAAAAGGCGAUUCUGUAUCCCAUUGCUGCCAUCUAUCAUCCCCAGCGCUACGAGCUCACGCCAGCUGCUAAAAAGGCAAUUGCACGCAUUUUUUUCAUCUGUGAUACAGAUCGUGAUGGGCUCUUGUCCGAGGCGGAGCUCAACUCCUUUCAAGCUACCGUUUUUGGUCAACCUUUGAGCCAAGCCGAGCUCGCGUCGAUCAUCAAUAUUGUCCAGUCAUCCCUGCCACAAGGGGUCGAAGAUGAUGCGCUCACCUUGGAAGGCUUCGAGGCCGUGUUGAAGCUCUUUGUGGAGCGCGGUCGCUUGGAAACCACGUGGCAAGUGCUUCGUCGGUUUGGAUAUCAGAACGACCUCACGCUCUUGCCAGCAUACAUCCGCCCCGAGCUCGAGGUGUGCGAAGAUGCUAUCGCCGAGCCUUCAGAGCAGGCCAUCAACUUUUUAACACAAUUGUUCAAUCAGCACGAUGAAGAAGGUCGCGACUUUUUGGACAAAAACCAGCUCGAUCACGUCUUUGCUCCCACCCCAGGCAUGCCCUGGGCCAACGACAUUCUUGUCGAAGCGCCCGACGCCAGCAUGUCAUUGAGCAACUUCCUGGCGCUCUGGCGGUAUUUGUGCUACGUCGACGUGGGACUGUUUAUGGAGUACAUGGCGUAUCUUGGCUUUACACUCUGCAGCCGUCAGCUGGAGCCCAACGUGGAUGGGGAUUCAGUAUUGCAGGCCGUGAAGGUUUCACGUAGUCGACGGGAUGAACGUGCGGCUGGCGUGUGCAACCGUGAUCUCUUUAUUUGCCGUCUCAUCGGUCGCCGCGAGAGUGGCAAGGUGUGUUGA